UCUACACGUGCAGAAGGGCUGCACUCGCUGGAUGCAACACUUCUUCCUGUUUACGGUGGUCAUAGCCGUCAAAUAAACCAGUUUGUUGAUAACAAUAUCGGUUUGAUUUCCACUUUUCAUGUAGCUAAUUUCACUGAUUCACAGUGAUCAUGAUUCCUUACACUGUGAAUAUCAAGCUUGCCGCACGGACGUUGACUGGCACACUCAAUUUACAAAACAAAACCGCUGUAGAUUGGGGUUGGCAGGGGCUCAUCGCUCAGGGCUGCCACUCCAGCAUCCUCAUCAUCGAUCCCAAGACCGCUCAGACCAUCCAGGUUCUCGAGAGGCACAAAGCCAACGUCGUCAAGGUGAAAUGGUCGAGGGAGAACUACCACCACAGCCUGAGCGCCCCCUACUCCCUGAGGCUGGCGUCGGCCGACGCCGCCGGCAAGAUCAUCGUUUGGGACGUGGUGAGCGGGACGGCCCACUGCGAGAUCCAGGAGCACGCCAAGCCCAUUCAGGACAUGGAUUGGCUGUGGACGCAGGACGCGUCACGUGACCUCCUCCUGGCCGUCCACCCGCCCAACUACAUCGUCCUGUGGAACGGGGACACGGGGACCAAGCUGUGGAAGAAGAGCUAUGCUGAAAACAUCCUGUCUUUCUCCUUCGACCCCUUUGACCCCUGCAACCUCGCGCUGCUGACCAGCGAGGGCAUCGUCUUUAUCACAGACUUCUCUCACUCCAAGCCUCCGGGCAGUGGAGGUAAGAAGGUCUACAUCGCCAGCCCCCACGCUAGCCCCGCCCACAAUAAACCCGCCGCCCCCACCGGCGCCAAGAAAGCUUUGAACAAGGUCAAGGUGCUCAUCACCAACGAAAAGCCCAGCGCUGAGGCGGUGACGCUGAACGACUGCCUGCAGCUGUCCUACCUGCCCUCCAAGCGCAACCACAUGCUGCUGCUGUACCCGCGGGAGAUCCUCAUCCUGGACCUGGAGCUCAGCCAGACCGUGGGCGUGGUCGCCAUCGAGCGCUCCGGCGUCCCCUUCAUCCAGGUGGUCCCGUGCGCUCAGAGGGAUGCUCUGUUCUGUCUCCAUGAGAACGGCUGCGUCACCCUGCGGCUGUGCCGCUCCGCCUCCGCCUCCGCCGACGAAUCAGAUCCGGAGCAGAGCGCGCAGGAGCUGGUGUACGACCUGCGCUCGCAGUGCGACGCCAUCCGCGUCACCAAGACCGUGCGCCCGUACCGCGUGGUCGUCUGCCCCGUCAACGAGAACAGCGCCGCCCUGGUGGUCAGCGACGGCAGGGUCAUGCUGUGGGAGCUCAAGGCCCAUGUUAUCAAGCCCACCGUCAAUCCCAGUUCUGGGCUGUCUCCUCUCUACUCCCCAGGCUUGUUUGGUGGCGCUCCUUUGGGUCAGAACCGCAGAAAGAUCCUGGAUCUCUCCCUCAACACCAUGAUCGGUCAGAGUUUGGUUUCUGGGAGCGAACCCCCUUCCCUUCCGGCGCAGCAGGAGGUGCAGCUGAAGUUCCUCCUGACGGGGCUCCUCUCGGGGUUACCCCUGCCCCCCUUCGCCCUGCGCAUGUGCCCCCCGCUGACCACCAAGAACAUCAACCACUAUCAGCCCCUGCUGGCCGUGGGUACGAGCACCGGGUCUGUCCUCGUCUACAACCUGACCGGCGGCCUCCUGCACAAGGAGCUGAGCGUCCACUCCUGCGAAGUCAGGGGUAUCGAAUGGAUCAGUCUCACCAGUUUCCUGUCCUUCGCCACGUCCGCUCCCAACAACCUGGGCCUGGUGAGGAAUGAGCUCCAGCACGUUGACCUGCCCACAGGCAGGUGCUUUGCAUUUCGGGGCGAGCGAGGGAAUGAUGAACCGCCGAUCGAGAUGAUUAAAGUAUCCCAUCUGAAGCAGUACCUGGUAGUGGUGUUCAGAGACAAGCCGCUGGAGCUGUGGGACGUGAGGACGGGAACCCUGCUGAGGGAGAUGGCGAAGAACUUCCCCACCGUGACUGCGCUGGAAUGGUCUCCCUCCCAUAACCUGAAGAGUCUGAAGAAGAAGCAGCUGGCUGCUCGGGAGGCCAUGGCCCGGCAGACCGUGUCCGACUCCGAGCAGAGCAGCGUGGAGUCCUCCGUCAUCAGCAUGCUGCAGGACGCGGAGAGCAAGGCCGAGCUCAGCCAGGGCAUUUCCGCGCGGGAGCACUUCGUCUUCACCGACACCGACGGGCAGGUCUACCACAUCACCGUGGAGGGGAACACGGUCAAGGACGGGGCGCGGAUCCCCCCCGACGGCAGUAUGGGUAGUAUCGCCUGCAUCGCCUGGAAAGGCGACACGCUGGUCCUGGGGGACGUGGACGGGAACCUCAACUUCUGGGACCUGAAGGCCCGUCUGUCCCGGAGCAUCCCCACACACAGGGGCUGGGUGAAGAAGCUGCGCUUUGCUCCUGGGAAGGGGAACCAGAAGCUGCUGGUGAUGUACACAGACGGCACCGAGGUGUGGGACACUAAAGAGGUCCAGAUGGUGAGCAGCCUCAGGAUGGGUCGGAACGUGACCCACCGCAUCCUGGACAUCGACUGGUGCACCUCGGACAAGGUGGUGCUGGCGUCGGACGACGGCUGCAUCCGGGUCCUGGAGAUGGCCAUGAAGUCGGCCAGCUACAGGAUGGACGAGCAGGACCUGAACGAGCCGGUGUGGUGCCCGUACCUCCUGCCCCCCCGUGCCUCCCUCACUCUGAAGGCCUUCCUCCUGCUGCAGCCCUGGGCCGGCUCCUUCACCAUGGACAUCACCCAGAUCGAUUACGCGGAGAAGGACGAAAUUAAGGGCCUCAUCCAGGAGCAGCUGAACUCCCUCUCCAAUGACAUCAGGGGCAUCCUGCAGGACCCUGAGCUGAACCAGCUGCAGCGCUGCCUGCUGGUGUCGCGGCUGUUUGGAGAUGAGUCGGACCUGCAGUUCUGGACGGUGGCGGCGCACUACCUGCAGUCCUUCUCUCAGGCCAGGCAGCUGAGCGUGCCCGUCCCUGAGGGCCCGGAGGAGGCGGAGCCUGCCCAGGGGCUGCCAACCUCACACCUGGACAUCUGCCACGACACGCUGUGUGAGAGCGCCUACUUCCAGCGCUUUCAGCUGGAAAGAGUUCACCUGCAAGAAGUGAAGAGGUCCAGCUAUGAGCACACCAAGAAGUGUGCAGACCAGCUCCUCCUGCUGGGACAGACUGACCGGGCAGUACAGCUGCUGUUGGAGACCAGCGCAGACAACCCCAGCUACUACUGUGACUCUCUCAAAGCCUGCCUGGUCACCACCAUCACCUCCUCUGGGCCCUCCCAGAGCACCAUCAAACUGGUGGCCACCAACAUGAUCGCCAACGGCAAGCUGGCAGAGGGUGUGCAGUUGCUUUGUUUGAUUGACAAAGCCGCCGACGCCUGCCGUUACCUGCAGACCUAUGGGGAGUGGAAUCGCGCCGCCUGGUUGGCUAAGGUGCGGCUGACCCCAGCAGAGGGCUCAGACGUGCUGAAGCGUUGGGCGGAGCACCUGUGCUCCUCGCAGGUCAAUCAGAAGUCCAAGGCCAUCCUGGUGCUGCUGUCCCUCGGCUGCUUCCUCAGAGUGGGGGAGAUGCUGCACAGCAUGCGCUACUUCGACCGGGCGGCGCUGUUCAUCGAGGCCUGUCUGAAGUACGGAGUGAUGGAGGCCAACGACAGCACCAAUAAGCUGAUAGGCGCUGCGUUUGCGGACUACGCCCAGCUGUUGCGCUCCAUGGGCCUGACGGAGGCGGCGGCGCUGUGGGCCUCGCGGGCGGGGGGCGCGGGCGAGGACCUGCUGGAGGAGCUCUUCCAGGGCGCUGGAGCCGGGGAGGGGGGCCCGGGCACCCAGGAGGACCUGGAGGACGGGGGGACGGCCCCUUCCCCAGAGUGAGCCCAGGAGCAGGGGGGAGACGAGGGAGCGGGAGGAGAGGCGUAAUGAUGGACUGAUGGGGGGUGAAACAGAAGAUACAGGUUUGAUAAAUGAAGAGGAAAGUGAAGAAUGAUGAACGGGGAGGAAUGAAGGAGGAAUGAAGAGAGACGGGUGGUUCAGUGUGGACGCUCCUUCCCUGCCCACUUCCUGUUUGGCUCUUUGACCCCCAUGCUCCUGCUGUCUGUCUCUCCCCCUCUCACUCUCCUCUUCUCUUAUGACCCCCAAAACUCUGAACUGAACUUCACUGGUGAAGACGACUGAAAGAUCGGGAUCAAGCAUGGCCUCUCCUGCUCAGACGCUGAAAAACUGUCCUGGUUUAUACGUGCUUGUCUAUUCGCUGUGUGUAGCGGUGCGUGUUGGCUGUUUUCUCUGUUAGAUGUUAGGUUAAAAUGCUCUCUCUCACACAAAUACAUUUGCACGCACGCACACACCUCUUGUCUCAUGAUAAUUAUUUUUAAAAUACGAUUUUCUUGCCCCUCUUUUUUUGUAUGUUACUUUUGACUUUUUUAUGACCUGAACACAGACGUGUAGAAGCGUUGAAGGAUGGUUCUUCUAGCGCUGCGCAUACGCUCUCUCCGUUCUUUCAGGAAAAGCGCCCCAACCCUCUGGAGUCUCGUAAAACCCUGUAAGAAAAACGAACCUUGGCUUAUUAUGUCCUUCAAAUGUUUUUUUUGAAUGUCUGGAUUUGGCGGCUAAUUCCCUGAAGUGGAGUUGCUGCUGGGGAGGGCUGCUAAGUCAGGCUGUUAUUGAGCUGACGGUGUGUGAAAGAACAGCCUUCAUUACCUCCCUUUCCCCUGGUGCGGUGUUUCCUUGUGGCUUUGCUUAGUUCUCUGGGUCCUGAUCUUUUUUUGUUUAUCAGACUGAUCACCUCUGUUGUUCGUGGGUUUAUUUCUGUCCUGUAGUGCAUAGAAGCGACAGAAUUACAUUCCAGGAAUGUUAUUUGCACUUUCUUCAGCCAAAAACUUUCCUUUUUAUCCCAAAGUUGCUUCGUAGUGUGGAUCAUUUAAAAUGAAUAGGAGCAAACCAAAUUGAAGGAUAAAUAAUUUAACUUGGACUCCAGAGUUUUAAGACCCUACAGGGAGCGUAUAAAUGUAAAACCUGUCAGAAUGGUUCCCGUGGACACAGAGUAGCAAGGCUGCUGUUGGGCCCAGCAGUGGAGUGCACAAGUUUGCCACCUAUAGGGCACAGCGGGGCAUUGCGGGUCUCUUUCCCAGGUCGAGCAGAGCAGAGCGUCAGCUGUGGGUUCUAAGAGCUCUCUACGAGCGACUCAGAAGGCCGACUGCGGGAGAACCACGGCCGUGUUUAAACUUUAAAUUCUGAGCGACGCUGAAAGGAUCAGAUAAGAUGUCUGCUUUAAGCCAGAGAUGAAGGCCGAGACAGUCCUCAGACGUCUUAGCGGGCACGCAGAUGGGAAAUUAGACUGGAUCAAACGGAGCUGCGCACUGUCUCGACAGGGAAAGUUUCUUGGCAAAUAUUGAUGAAACUUUAUGCAUCUUUAUAGAGGGCAUAUGACGGAUGGUGUAUUUUUUGUUUAAAUGGAGUCCUGUAUGGAAAAAAAAUAUCUAUUUUCCCUUAAAUGCUUAGAUGUAUGAAGAUCUCGUAUAUGUGCUAAUAUACAAUUGUUCUUGCAAGCAUUUGGUACAAUCCUGAGGGCUAUGUUAUGCUUUUCUCUGUAUUCUAUGUGCCAUGCAUUGGUUAAUCACUGGGACAUUGAACCUUGUGUAAUUUUGAUUACAGAAAUCUGUGUUCUUUAAAGCUUUCAGUGGAAUGGACUGACUGAAUUUGGUAGGGAGAAGCUAUUGACAUUUUAUCAUGCAGUCUUCUUGAUUGCCGAUUAUUUCAUUGGAUGAUACCUGGUCAUGUGGUAUGUACCUGAAUCCGGUGUUUUGUAAUUGAAAAGGCAUCUGCAUUAAAGACAGGCCCUCUGGCACGAUCUGAGCCUUUUUAGAGAUUUGCAAUGUAUUCAAACUCAGAGACUGUGGAGGGUUACAGUGUCUCUAGUUCUGAUUAUUCCAGCAUCCUUUGGUCACACAGUGAGAAAGUAAGAGAGCUUUAAUGUAGGCACCCAGCAGGAGAUGUCUUCUAGAGACGGAGCAGUGAGAGAGAGCUCAGCUGUUGCAUUCUGGGGUUUUGGCAAUAUGGUAUUUGUUUUUCUUAGUAAUGGAAAUUGACUGAUGGCUUUUAGAAGGUGCUAAUGUCUGCGGGUGGGCAGUGAGUUCUGCUUCCCAGCAGGGGGCAGUGUUGGUUGCAGGGGAGUGUUGACCAACCCCCCGCACAGCUUCCUAAAAGUGCUCUAUCUGACUAAUGUUUUUAUUUUCUAACAUUGGGUUUUUCAAGGAUUUAAUACGUUCUUAUUGCUUAAUUAUUUUUUCUACUUUAACUUUGGAUUGUUUUAUCUAUUUUCUAACAUACCUGUAUUUUAAUGAAAACCUUUAUUUUUGUUGUGUGCUUUGUGGCUCUUUAACAGAGUCAUUAAACAGACUGACCUCUUUGUCUUUCAGUAAAAUGUGGCGAAUCGGUCCAAAACCUUACUCAGUAUAUGUGAAUGUUUAAAUCAAUAUUAAUCCAUGACAUUAGUAGGUGAAUUAUAACUUGUUUAUUCCCUGGCCAGAAUCAAUCAUAUCUUUGACCACCAGUCAACUACAGCAGCAACAAAGUACUGGAUUUGUGUAAAAUUCCUGGGUGUUUAACAUGGGUAUCUUUGCUUAAAUGGAAAAUUAUGACAGCUGUGGUUUUUUGCUUGAACAUAUCAGGCUGGAUUUUUUUUUCUGUGUGUGUGUGAAAAAUGAUUACUCUUAUUAUUUCUUUAAUAUUUUCAAUGUUGCACUUUUCCAGUUUAUGAUGUGAGCAAUUAAUGUGAUUUGUUGUAGUGUGGUCGUGUACUGGGACUACCACAGCAGAAUUAUAAUGAAGUACUGUAAUUAAGGGUCUCUGCAUGCUGUUUGUUAUAGAUAGGGCCACCAGGUUGUCUCCACUCUGUGACCUGCAGGGAUUUAAACGUGUAUUCAUGUAGUUCAAUGGUUGUCCUCCAGGGGUCUGCAUCGGCACUCCCAACAGCACAUUCAAAGGACUAGUUGUACAAUUGAGCUUUUAACUGAGACAUCCAUGUUUACUUUCCUUCCUGACUCUCCUCAUACAAUUUAGUUCAUCUAGUAUGAGGAGAGUCAGGAAGGAAAGUAAACAUAGAUGGAGGUUUAAAUGCUACAAAAAGCAUGUCUUUGAGCCGGUGGUCCUCACUCCUGGUCACGGAGAGCUGCAGGGUCUGCUGGGUUUCAUCGUUACUCAGAACUUUAGUAGCACAGAACUCCAGCACCUCCCGUGACCCUGCCCAGGAAUAAACAGGUAUAGGUACUGGAUGGAUGGGUGGACAAACUGGUGGCCCUAGCUAUAGCCCUCCGGACACCUGACUGUGCUGAUGUGUGGGUGUGCUGCUGUGGUUAACCUGCGUUCUUAAUGGUGAAAGCGUCUGCCCCUACCAUUGCACAAACCUCCUUUCUUCUUCUUAUAAUAGCGCAACAGAUCAGCUUUAUUGUUGUCAGUGUUCACAACAUUGGUGCAGUUUAGCGGUUAGAUAUGUGACAGCAAAGUCAAUAAAUGUACAAAAGGUGUGUGUUUAUUGUUUUCUGUUUCGGAAAAACACAAGACUUGUUCAGUCCUCCGGCAGCAUCCUUGGCAUGUUUCGGAUCAGUGAUGCAACUCUUUUGAGCUCCGUCUGCAAAAUAAAUAAAAAAUUGAUCCAUUUGUACAUACUGCAAGCAAUAAAAUCUUUUAAAAGCUACAUU